AUGGAUGUAUCUCGUCGACGAUCCUGCCGUGGUGGACAUUACUCCUCCUCAUCCCAACGAGCAUUUCAGCGGUCAGCCGACCACGGAGGACACGGCCCCUCCUCGAUUCUCCGACGAGCAACAACUCGGGAGCGUCCCGCAAACCACCUUGAUGCCGUACGCAGCCGUGGAUUCCUCGCUGCGCGCCAUGGCCGCCCAGGCCGAGGGCUUCGGCCGGCACGCCAUCGGCGGACUCCACGGCGACGUCUACCACGUCACCACCCUCAAUGGUACGCACGGCACCAUCUCUCCGUUAAAGUAGAUGUUAAUACUCUUACUCUGCAUCCAUCAUCAUAUACUGAAGCUGAACGAUGUGUUAUUCAAGAUGACGGGCCUGGCUCGCUGCGGGACGGCUGCCGUCGCCAGGAGCCGCUGUGGAUCGUCUUCGACGUGUCCGGCACCAUCCGCCUCGCGUCGGGGCUGCGCGUGUCCUCCCACAAGACCGUCGACGGCCGCGGGAGGCGCGUCACCCUGUCCGGCAAGGGCCUCCUUCUUCGCGAGUGCGAGCACGUGAUCCUGUGCAACCUGGAGGUGGAGGGCGGGCGCGGGCACGACGCCGACGCCGUGCAGAUCAAGCCCGGGUCGAGGCACGUGUGGGUGGACCGGUGCAGCCUGCGCGACUUCGCCGACGGCCUGCUGGACGUCACCUGCGGCAGCACGGACGUGACCGUCUCCCGGUGCCGCUUCUCGGCGCACGACAAGGCCGUGCUCAUCGGCGCCAGCAGCGGGCACGUCGGGGACCGGCGCAUCCGGGUGACCAUCCACCACUGCCUCUUCGACGGCACGCGGCAGCGGCAGCCCCGCGUCCGGUUCGGCCGGGUGCACCUCUACAACAACUACACCAGGGGCUGGGGCAUCUACGCCGUGUGCGCCAGCGUCGAGUCGCAGAUUGUCUCCCAGUGCAACAUCUACGAGGCAGGGGAGAAGAAGAAAGUGUUCAUGUACAUGACCGAACAGGUCUCAUCAUGUAUUAUCUUACAGCGGCGUUUUUUAUAGGCCGUUUUUUGUACAGCUGAAAAGCUCUCGAGUUUGUGGCUGAUACAGGCGGCGGACAAAGACUGCAGUUCAAGUGGGCGCAUCCGGUCUGAAGGCGACCUGUUCCUGAACGGUGCGCAGGAGUACACCGAAAAUGAUUUGGAGAACGCAGAAGACGUAGACGGCCAGUGGGACUUCGAGGUCCGGGAUUGCUACAAGCCGUGGUCGGUGCAGCCCGCGUCGAUGGCGCUCAAGGAGCUCCUCGAGUCCUGCGCCGGCUGGCAGCCGGUUCCGUUGCCUCAAGACGACGCUUGCUUCACAAAGACUGACAUGUGAACCACUGAAAUUUAAGGGCGCAAAGUCCGAAUAAAUCUACACGAAUAAUAACGGACCACGGAGAUAUAGUUGUUGUCACGGUACUACAAUCUCUGACAGAUAUAUGGUCAAUCAUAUGAACGAUGUCUGAAACUCUGAAUUCUAUCGUCGGUGCAAUUUUUUAUUUUUUUUGGUAGCCAAAUAUGUGGAUCUGAUGGUUGUCCUAUAUUGGAACAAGAUUGCGACGCGAUUGAGAAAAGAUGGACUGGCU